AUUUGAUUGGUUAUAAUAAUGACAACAUGCUCAGUUUCAGCUGUCAAAUGAAUUUGCAGAGUUUUCUAGCAUUAUUUCACUGAAGCACUUUAUUCCGGGCAUUGAACUAUGUCUGUAUUCUCUUUGUAACUUUGAAGAACUAAGUUUUAAAAAAAUCGAGUUGAUUUCAGUAAAAACAUAAUUGAACACCAUGGUUGGCUUGAAUGUGAAAAAAGUGAUGAUCAGCUAUGUUGUCUAUGCAGUGGUGCUUGUUGCAAUUAGUACAAACAGAUGUUUUGCAUCUAAGGAGAAAUGCAGCACUUGCAAAAGCAUUAUUGAAAAUUUUAAGGAGGGUCUCGAGAAAACAAAGAAAUCAAAUUUUGGUGGAGGAAACACAAGAUGGGAAGAGAAAUCUCUUGGUACAUGGGCUCAUAGUGAAACAAGAUUAGUGGAGAUUUGGGACAACUACUUGUGCAAGCAUGAUAGUAAGGAGUGUCAUUUUAUGUUGGAAAAACAUGAAGAAGAUUUAGAGGAGUUUUGGUUUAAUAUUCAUGCUAAAAAUGAAGAUGCUGAUAUGCAUGAAUGGUUUUGUAUCAAUAAAAUUAAAGUAUGUUGCCCGGACAAUACUUAUGGUCCCAAGUGUAAUGAAUGUACUGGUGGAAAAAAUAGACCCUGUAAGGGCAAUGGAAAAUGUGAUGGAGAGGGUACGAGAGAGGGUACAGGAAAGUGUAAAUGUGACUCUGGUUACCAUGGUGACCUCUGUGAUGAAUGUACAGAUGGAUAUUUUGAGGAGAAUAAAAAUGAUACCCAUACUCAGUGUACAGCAUGCCACGUCUCCUGUAAAUCAACAUGCUGGGAGGCAGGACCAAAAGGAUGUGAUGAGUGUAAAUCUGGUUGGACGACGUCUGAAAAUGAUGGAUGUCAGGAUAUAGAUGAGUGUCCAGAUACGCCAUGUGAUGAAAAUCAGUACUGCACUAACACACAGGGGUCGUAUCAUUGUGCUACUUGCCACAGGUCAUGUCACGGCUGCCAUGGAUAUGGCUCACAUAAGUGUGAAGAAUGCAAAGAAGGAUAUAACAAAGUAGAUGAGAAUUGUUUAGAUGUGAAUGAAUGUGAGGUGGACAAGACAUUGUGUUCAGGGGAAAAACAGUCAUGUGAGAAUACAGAGGGUAGUUAUAAAUGUAAAUGUGAAGGGGACCUAAUAUAUGAGGCUGGCAGUCAGACGUGUAUACCUAAACCAAAAGAAGGUGAAGAAGAAAAUGAUGAAGGAGAAAAAUCUUUGGAGAAGGAAGAGUUAUGACAUAAAACAGCAGAUAGACCUCACUUCAUGUUGAAUUUCAUUUAUUUAUGUACUAAGUUGUCUUUCCUUCAUCUUAUAUUUUAUGCAUUAUUUGUGCAUUUGUUUUCCACCAUAUUGCCUUCCAAAUAGCAGACCAUUUAAAAUAUGUUGUCAAAAAUUAUAAAUGUUGUGUUUAAAAUUUAUAUGCUUGUAUGAAAUGUUUGUUUUGAAAUCCACCUGUAAAAGUCUGCAACAGGAAACAGGAAGUUGCUGUAUAGUAUUUACUGAAUCAGAAUACUUAUCAUAGUCACUAUCUCGUUCCUUACCCCACAAAAAUAGUGAGAUGUUUGAUAUAUUUAAUUUGACGUUUAUGUUUUAUGUCUAUUUUUUAGUUGAUAUGGGCAUAUGACUUGAAAAAUGUUAACAGGUCAUCUGCUGCUAAAGUUUUAUUAACUUGUGUGAACCAAAGGUUCAGGGCAGAUCUUCACCAAACUUUAUCUGUAUCUACUUUUGAUGGACCAUGCUCAAAUUUGUCCAACUAAGCCUGGAGCCAUGACAGAGGUUUAUGUAGAAGUAUGUUAGAAAAAUAAAACUUUAGUAAAAACUUUUCAGAUUUUGAAGACAAUUUAAAUUGUUUAACUUUUAUUGAGCAAAAAUACAUUUUGCAUGGCAAAGUCCCUGGGUCAAUUUUUGGCUCAUAUUUUGAAAAAAAAUAAAUAUUUUCAGCCUUUUUUCAUGUAUGCUAAAUAAUAUAUACCUAGUACUUGAUUUGAGAAACAAGUUUUUUUUUGCAAAUUUUCUCAAUUAUUUAGCCAAGUAUGACUGAAAUUUACAUUUUGAAAAUGCCCUACAAAAUUUUUAAUGACAUUCAAAACUAUGAGAUGCACCUUGAAAUUUAAGAAAAUAAAAAAUUUCCUGGUUCUUCUGACUGAUGCAUAAUCAACCAGUGGUAAUGUUACAGAAUAGGAGGAUCAAACAGUAAGAUAUAUAGGUGAAUUUUUAGCAUCUGUCUGUAUCACUGUUGAUUGAACUCUUCUUGUGUCUUGUAUUUUUGUUCAGUAUUGUACACAGCAUAUAGGUUUACAUACUUCACCAUGUUUGCCCCUACUAGUCAGUUUGGUAGACUUUGUUUAAAAUUUGAAAGAAUGCAUGAAAUCUUACUAUCAAAUCUGCCUUGCAGUGCCUGAUUAUAUCAGUCAUUCAUACAGAAUUGCAAAUCAUUUGUGUAUUGUGUUUAUUUAUUUAGAUAAAUAACUACAGAGUGUCUACCCAUUGCUUUUGGAAAACUUUUGAAGUACUUUGCAACUUGUUCAGUGUCAGCCAUCAUUACUGGAUAACAUUGAAAACUGCAUAAAUCUGUUUAGUUUAGUUUUUUUAUAAAUUUCUAAAAUUUGCUUUAUUCUUUAAAUUUUGACUAAUAUGGCACAGAUGUAUCAUUUUGGCAGUUAACAAUGUCGAAUCACUACAAUCAUUAUGUGUAUUAUGAAUUUGGGCACUGUCUGUGGUACAGGAAAAACCUAUCAUGUUCACAAGCAUUUCUGCAGUUCUUUCUAAGGCAAAGAGUCCCUUCCAGUAGUUACUGAAAAGCAACAAAACCAUGGUUAGAGAUUGUCAUUAACCAGGGUUAGAAAAGUGUCCUCAACUAAUAGAUAUAAAAGGUUUCCUGUAACUUAUGUAUUCUGAUCAUAGGCAGGGCCUGGACAGUAUACAAGAAGCUGGUAGUUUUGUGUACCCCACAAAAUUUUCCUGCCUUUCUGCUGAGCUCUUAGAUGUACCCUUGUUUGUCAAUUCAUCCAAAUUUGUAUUGUGCAUAUCACAAAGUAUUAGACCUAAAGUCAUCAAUGUUAUGAAGUUGUACACUUGGUACUAGGUUGUUCCAGAUUUCACCUAACCUGACCAGUUAUAUAACUUUAUAUCUCUUGGCUUGGUGAAAACUUUGUGUGAAGGACCUAUAAGUUUGUUGCCCAUGUGGUUCUGGGAUGAUCUAUGUAUGAAAAGAAUUGGAACCACUGCCUUACCCUUGCAUGAUCGUAAGAGGCGACUGAUGGGGUCUUAACACUUGGUUUUGCUGUAACACUGUGAUUCCAGCAGGUAUGCAAAUUUUGAUUCCAUUCCUCAUGUUUUUAUUUCGGUGUAAAUGAGAUGUGGAACCAAAAUUUGUAGUCCUGUUUGGCACCAUAUAACCUAUACUGUGUUGGUGCGCUGUAAAGCCCAAAUAAAUAUGUUUGUUUCACACAUAUCUCAAUAAGAAUUUUAUGCAGUCAUGAUACAUUAUAGGAUGCUUUGCAGCUGGUUUUAUUUGGGAUUCUCAGUCAGACCAAACUUACGGCUUUUGAUUUUGUAAAAAAGAAUGUAUUUAGGGCUUUAAAGUUUGUGUUGCAUAUUUGACAUAGAGUCAUGAAAGUUGUGCAGUUGGGAUUUUAUUUUGGAUUUGCUCUGCCUCCAGCAACCCAUAUUCGUCCUCCCACCCACCUCCAAAGGUAAAUUGAUAUCUCUCAGUUUCUUUUUUCCUGUGUUUCUUGAUGAUGUUUAUAGUAUCCAUACACACCCCCCCUCCCCCACCAUACCCUUACGACUUGCACGUGUGAUAUGAAAGUUCAUAAUUUAUAAGCUUGCAUGGUCAACAAAUAACAUGUAACCAUAUUGUGAUAGGAAGUAGGGGCACCAGUUAUAUGAACAUGCAUCUAGUUUUCAUAGCAGGAAUCUUAAUGACUUCAAGAUGAAAGCUUGACACAGUGUAUUUUCUGUUCUGUCUGGAGACAAAAAGCAUGGAUGCAAUAAACGUUGAGCUCAAUAGGGAGAGCACAGAUCUACGGAUUGCGGGGUUGUGAGUUUGAUCACCAGGCGCAGUGUAUUUUCUCUGUGACGAUUUGAUAAGAGACACUGUGUCUGAUAUCAUUCAUCCUCUAUGUCUGAUUCAUGUGGGGAAGUUGGCAGUUACUUGCAGAGAACAGGUUUGUACUGGUACAGGAUCCAGGAACACUGGUUAGGUUAACUCCCUGUCGUUCCAUAAUUGGAAAACAGCGUUAAACCCAAAACAAACAGAAGCAUGUAACUCACAGGAAAUGUGAAAGUAUGAUGUACGAGUGGACAUCCAUUUUGAAUAAUUGCAAAAUAGUAGAAAUAUUCUCUAGCUUUAGUUAGUAUUUAUAUUGUAAUGUGCUUGUAAAAUGUGAUUUGAAAGGAAUGACUUAUUGGACCAACAGUAUGCUCUGGUUGAACUUGUCUUUGUUAUUUUACAUUAUUUGAUGAUAUACAUUAUAAAUAAAGUUAUAUUUCCA